AUGACUGUUACUUUACUUAGUCAAGCACCUGAUCUUGCUUCCUCAAAGCCUCGCCAUAUUCAAAAAGACACUCAACUUUUUAUUUCUCCUCCUUUAGCAGGUCACCAAGGUCCUAUUGUGGGUGACUUGAGUGUGUGUGAAGAACAGUUUUACUUUUAUUCACCUUCUGCUCAGUCUGGUAUCGCAGUUGAAUAUCCAGACAUUAUUAUCCAUGCUAUCUCAAGACAAGAUGGUCAACCUAGUAUUUACUGUCAAUUAGAUGCAGGCUUAUUCUUUCCUAACCAAACAUUACCUGAAGACGAACAAGAAAGAGAAGAAACAGUGACAGAACUCCGUUUAGUACCUCAAGACAGUGGUGCUUUGGAAGGCAUUUAUUUGGCCAUGUCAGAAUGUGCAGCACUUCAUCCUGAUCAUGAAUUUAUGGCAGAACAAGAAGAAGACAGUGACGGACAAGAGUUUUAUGCUGAUCCUAGUGACGAAGCAGAAUUAAAUGAGAUGCAACAAGCUGCUCUUCGACACUUGGAAUCUGUGUUUGAACCACCAACUAUGAAUGGACACCAUUAUGAACAAAAUGAACAAUGAAGUGUGUAAAUAAAUAAAUAAAAAAAAAAGUUUAUUUCUUUUG